AAAAGUGAUGAAUAUCAACCAAAGCUACUUCAUGACAGUCAACAAACAGAUGUGGGUGAUGCAAGAAACAAACAUAUACAUGUUAUUGAUAAAAGUAUGUACGUACUCGCUAAAUAUAAAUAAUUUAAAGACAGGAGGGCCAAGAAUCUGGAAAAAUGACGAUCAUUGUUGUCCUCUCCAGUAUUUAGGGCUCAAAAGGUUUUUAAUAACUCAAUAUUCUAAAUGAAAAUAUAACAUGGACAGUUUUUAUUAUAAUUACUUUUUAUAUUAUUUAUAAUUAGUCAAUGUUUUCACAAUUACCCUUUUUUCUUUGGUACAUAUUAGUCAAUAAUUUAUUUGACUGCAACUCUCCUGUUGCAUUGCUUAUGUUUUCUACUCAUAUUUAAUAUUUCAAGUGAAUUAAAAACUUCCAGCAUUAAUUGUGCGCUUUAAAAGUAUUAUGUUAGGUAUUCCCUCCUCCUUCCCCAUACGAUGAUAGCUCUGCACUGAGUGUUCUGGAGGAGGGAGGUGUGUGGAGCUAUGAGUGUAUGGGUGCUAAGGUCAAGCCUGUGGCCUAAAAAGGCAGCAGUGGCAAGCAGCGGCUCUAAGAAUAACCUAGAUGAUGCACGUCACAAACACUGUGUGAAUGUGGUCGUGGAUUGGAUUGGAUUGUUUUUUAUCAACCAAACAACAUUCAGUGUCUACAUGAGAGUUUCAAUGACUUUGAUUUAGAAGUGCAGUCAAGCUGCUGUUGUCACCAUGUGACGUUGUCAUAGUAGCUGCUGGGACGAGACGACAUCUUACUUGCCCCUCCCAAAAUCUAAUUUUGUCGUACUGGGAGGGGGCUGGGUUCAGUCUGAGGCAGCCCCAAAGGGCAAAUACACCCUCAUCCCGGUCUCCGUCUGUGCCACCAGCCCCUGGACCACCUUGUUCCAGCUUGCAACCAUCAGGUUGUGUUGUCUCGCGGGGGAAGAGGUGAAGAAUGCCAAGUUUUGGAGGCAAAGAGUGAAACACACACUUUGGAUUAAACGCUGGGAUUAAAUCUCACACAGAAGGGAACUUUUAAUGACGACUUUUAGCUGAAAGCAAUGACUGAAGCAGAAGCGAGGUCGUCCUCCACAACCACCACCAUGGUUAUUGACGGUAAGAACGGAGACGCCGGAGCUCCGUCCGUCCACCUGUCCAAGAAGACAUUCACCGAUGACUUGUACUCAACAUUCAGCUCGCCUCUGGCCUGGAUCCUGGUUCUGGCCCUCAUCAUCACGUGGUCGUGUGUCUUUGUCAUCAUGUUUGACCUGACCGACUACAAAACAAUCUCAGGUCACCCCCCUCCUGGCGUCAGGAAGGUUUUAAAGGAGUCAGAGCCUAGAGGUGGCCUCAGGAGGAUCGGCUCUGACCCCAUAAAGGCCGUCAACGACGUGGUGGAGAAGUCCACCAACCUGGUCAGCGCAAUAUUGAAGUUUGCUGCCAGCCUUGUGGCCCCUGAGGAAGACGAUGGAAAUCUUUACGCCGUGAGGAAAAAAGAGUCAACUUGGUUGGAGGAGGAGGAAGAGCAAGUGGAGAGGAAGCUUAAGAGAAAAAAAGGAGAGUUUCUACCAUCACGAAGUAAAGUUAUUGGCAUGCAAGUGAAGAAGUCGCGGCCAGCGGUUGAGGUGGUCCACGAAGACGAUGAGGGAGAGGAUGAGGAGGCUCCUGAGCAGGAGGAAGAAGAAGAUGCCCAGGAAGAUGAAAAGGACCUUGAGGAGGAGGAGGAGGAGGAGGAGGAGGAGCUGCCAGAGGAACUAGAGGAGGAUGAGGGGUAUGAGGUGGAGGAGGAAGACUACAAAGCGUAUGAGGAGGAGGAAGGAGAGGAGGGAACUGACAAAGAUGAAGGAGCUAGUGUGGAGGAACAGGAGGAGGUGGAAGCUGCAGAAGAAGAAGAUGUUGACGAUGAUGAAGAGGAGGACAGGGGCGAUAAAGAAGAUGAUGAGGUUGGUGAGGAAGAAGAGGAUAUGAUGGAGGAUGAGGAGGAGGAAGCUGCAGUAGAAGAAAGAGUUGAAGAAGAAGAAAAAGAGGGCGUAGAGAUGGUGGAGCAGGAAGAAGAUGAGGAGGGAGAUGAAGCAGCUGAAGAUGAUAGUAAAGUGGAGGAGGAGGAGUUAGAAGAUGGCAGAGAAGAAGAUGAGGCUCACCAAGAUGAAGAUGCGUCAGCCCAAGACAUUGGUGAUGAGGAGGAAGCCGACACUAUUGAUGAAGAUGACAAAGAAGAAGAAGCUGAGCAGCAUGAAGAAGAUGUUCCCUCCUUUGAAGAGGAAGAGUCAGCCGUUCCUCCAGAGGAUGAGGAUGCUGAUGAAGAUGUGUCUGCCAAGGAGGAUGAUGAUGAAGAGGAGGCAUCUUUCACUGACAUCUCACAGUCUGUGCUUUUCCCUCGCGACGAAGAGGAUAGCGAUGAAAUCACUGUAGGAGAGGAGCCCUAUUUUCAUCCUACUGAUGAUGACAACGAUGGUGAUGAUGAGGAGCUCCUUCACAAAGUUUUGGAAGAUGACAUUAAAGCUGGUGAGGAUGAUGAAGAUGUCCUUUCUGAUGCCACUCAUGAAGCGAAAGAAGAAGAUAUUUAUGUGUUGGCCAGUCUUCACAUUGACAUCCAUGACGUCGAAAACAAAGAUGACGAUGAUGAUGAUGAGGAGGAGGAGGAGGAAAGUAGCCUUCCUCCCUUUGAGAGCAGUGACACCUUGGCUGAUGACAAUGACGAUGAUGAGGAAGAGGAGGAAAGUAUCCUUCCUCCCUUUGAGAGCAGUGACACCUUGGCUGAUGACGAUGAUGACGAGAAGGAAAGUGAACUAGAGGUCAUGCCGUCAUUGGAUGAAGGUCACCUUGAAGAUGACAUCACACCAGAGUCUCAUCAAGAGGAAGAGGGUGAUGAUGGUGAAGAGGACUUGCUGUCAGUUGGUGUUCAGCAUGUUGCUGUUCAUGUGGAUGAUGACUCCAUAACGAAGCACCUCCCACUGGAAGAUGAAGAUGAAAAACAAGAGGAAAAAGCCAAGGCAGGCAAAUCAGAGGAUGACGCACCUGCAGUGUGUCCGUGCAUGAGUGCUACUGCUACAAAUACCAAAAUGUCUGCUGCCAAGACCUCAGAGAAGAAGGAAGCUUCCAGGAGGAUCUCUGCUGUGAAGAAAAAAGAUCAUAAAGCAGUUAGGAGCACAGGACGAUCAGAUGACAGACCAAGGAAAAUAGCUCUUCCCAGAAUUGCAAGUUUGGAGCCAAAAAUGAGACGGAUCAGGAGAAUUCCGGCUCUUCUUAAAGUCAAAAGAGAAGAAAAGCCCAAGAAGACCAAAGCAGAGCAACCUAAUGAGAAGCAACGUCCAAAACCAGCAGAGGUUCCAGAACCACAACAAGAUGUUAGUCCUUGCAGACCAGCACCAGUCUACUGGCCAUCCCCUCCCGGCUGGUAUGUUCAUCAGAUUGUCACAGACAACCCGUACCCGCCUCCAACUGGAUCAGGGUCUGCUGCGCCGGUUCUAACCGCGAUGCAUCCCGCUGCCCCGCCCAUGCAGCCGCUUUAUCACCACCAACCAAUGAUGGCACCGUUUUACAACCAGUAUCAGCCCUAUCUUCAACCUGUACCUCCUGCCAUGCAGCAGACACCAGAACCAGUGCAACCGGUCCAACAAGCUGAACCAGUACAACAAUUGCAGCCAGUCCAGACAUCGGAGCCUGUGCAAAAAGCGGAACCAGUGAUGUUAGUCAAACCAUCGGAACCUGUGCAAUCAGUCCAACAAGUUGAACUAGUAAAGCCAGUCCAACCAUCAGAACCUGUGCAGCCAGUCCAACAAGUUGAACCAGUAAAGCCACUCCAACCAUCAGAACCUGUGCAGCUAGUCCAACAAGUUGAACCAGUAGAGCCAGUCCAACCAUCAGAACCUGUGCAGCUAGUCCAACCCGUUGAACCGGUCCAACCUGUAGCCACAGAACAAGCCCUGCCCACUCAGCCUCACAUUCAGACUUCGACCACUGAAGCUCCGCCUGCUGUGGGGAAAGAACCUAAAGCAGAACCAGAAGCAGACAAGGUUCAAGAAGACACGGCGAAGAAAGCUGCUAAGAAGAAGAAGAGGAUAAGGACCUCUGAUGCGAUUGAAGAUGGUACUCUUACCAAAGACAAAGCCGCAACUACAAAAAAAGCUCCAAAGUUGUCAAAGAGAGAAGCGACAAGUACGCGACCGAUGAGAAGCUCUGCCUCAUCAAAACCAAAUGUUGCCAAGAGUAGAGUCAGGUCCUCUGCUAGCAAAAAAGCUCCAGAAGCACUACCACGCCUGCAUUCUACCAAACUGAGGACCAGACUGGACCCUGACAGGACUGGCAACAUGACCAUGCAGGUCAAAAAGGACAAACUUGCCAAAUCUUCAUCAUCAGAACCAGUUUUAGAUAAAGGAGAGAAGCAGCCUGAACAAGCAAAAAAGUCAAAGACAGAAGAUGAGCCUACAAAGAAGAAAUCAGGUCAACGAUACUUCCAGUGUAUUUACGUCCCCGGCAAAAACGCACAGUACCCCCUGCGACCUUUUACUCCGGCCAUGUCCCCCGCUGUCAUCAGGUCCAUCCUGGAGCAGCAGAAAGCCGCCAGGACGUCAGGACAGUAACUUGGACGCCCCUUAAGGAAAAGGUGGGGAAGGUGGGGUUGUAGAAAGGACUUGUUUACACUCAGACCAACAACAAGUGGACAGAACUGCUAGCCCAUGUGUGUAUUGUUUAAGUAACCAUCAUGGCGGCCAUUGGCAUUAACAGCAUUAACGGCUACAAUUCAACAUUAAAGGGGCUGUUUGUUACAUUUACACAGAUGCCUAGAGGGUGCUAACUUUCCAAUGUGUUUUACACAGUGUAUCCCGCCCUCUUCCGGCUCCUCGUACGUAAUGACGUAACGACGUACGUUUGUAACACAUGUGCGCACAUUAUGCAUGAUGAGUUGUUAGCUAAUAAUAGCGAUUAUAUAUUCUAUCAUAAUCAGAAUCAGAAAUACUUUAAUAAUCCCAGAGGGGAAAUUAAGAUUUUUCAGCACAAUCCCAUUCAAGAGCAGACAAACAUUACAGGGGGCAGCACGGUGGCACAGUUGUUAAUGCAUGUGCCUCAUGGUCCUAGUUCAAUCCCGGUCUUGGGAUCUUUCUGUGUGGUGUUUGUAUGUUCUUCUCUCCAGGUACUCCGACUUCCUCCCACCUUCAAAGACAUGCACCUGGGAAUAGGUUGAUUGGCAACACUAAAUUGGCCCUAGUGUGUGAAUGUGAGUGUGAAUGUUGCCUGUCUAUCUGUGUUGGCCCUGCGAUGAGGUGGCGACUUGUCCAGGGUGUACCCCACCUUCCGCCCGAAUGCAGCUGAGAUAGGUUCCAGCACCCCCCGCUACCCCAAAAGGGACAAGCGGUAGAAAAUGGAUCUGGCGCCGCUCACAAAAAAAGGUGAGAAACAGGUAUAUGCUGGGGGAUGGGUGAGAAAAAAAAACUGUCUAAGCUUGGGCCCCUGGGGAGGUGGUCCAGACUUAGGCCAAGGAAAAAAACUAACAAAAAACAACUCAUAGCCAUAGCACACAUAAGCAUAUGUGUAAGACGGAAACAUCAAACUUCAAAGAACACAAAGGACAUUAAAAGAGCAGAGCUGAUGCAACCAGCCACUUCUACACACAGCCACAAAAGUAGAAAAAAAUACAAAUAAAACAUAUACACUGUAGUGGCCUCUGCGGUGUUCCACGCCAUUGUCUGCUAGGGUGUGGGGAGAAUGGCCAGAGACAGGAGCAGACCCAGCAAAGCAACCUUGAGAGCCAACUCCACCCUCGGCCGCCCAUCAACUCUCAGCCAGUGUCCAGGCUGCAAAUUGUUUGUUGCCUCUCUUGGACUGCUUUUGUAUGUACUUGUUGAUGAGACAGGGCGAGUGACCGUCGUAAACACCAAAAAAUGCUACUACACAAACUUAGUAAUUGUGAAAAGAAAAAUAUAUACCCGUUUGAACACAAUCAUGCUCUGUUAAACCACUAAUGGUAACACAUGCUAGCCAGUCUGUUAUAUGUUUUGCUUUUACAUUUUUUACAGUGAGUAAGUUGCAAACAGCCCCUUUAAGUACCCUUAAUCAUGUUAAGUGGCAUUUGUCAUUCUACAAACCCUGUUUCCAUAUGAGUUGGGAAAUUGUGUUAGAUGUAAAUAUAAACGGAAUAGAAUGAUUUGCAAAUCCGUGCAAUCUACUAAUAAAAGUAUCAAUCAAUCAAUCAAAACUCUUAUUCAAUUGAAUGCACUACAAAGACAAGAUAUUUGAUGUUCAAACUCAUAAACUUAAUUUUUUUUUGCAAAUAAUAAUUAACUUAGAAUUUCAUGGCUGCAACAUGUGCCAAAGUAGUUGGGAAAGGGUAUCUUCACCACUGUGUUACAUCACCUUUUCUUUUAACAACACUCAAUAAACGUUUGGGAACUGAGGAAACUAAUUGUUGAAGCUUUGAAAGUGGAAUUCUUUCCCAUUCUUAUUUUAUGUAGAGCUUCAGUCGUUCAACAGUCCGGGGUCUCCGCUGUUGUAUUUUACGCUUCAUAAUGCGCCACAAAUUUUCGAUAGGAGACAUGUCUGGACUGCAGGCGGGCCAGGAAAGUACCCGCACUCUUUUACUACGAAGCCCCGCUGUUGUAACACGUGGCUUGGCAUUGUUUUGCUGAAAUAAGCAGGGACGUCCAUGAUAACGUUGCUUGGAUGACAACAUAUGUUGCUCCAAAACCUGUAUGUACCUUUCAGCAUUAAUGGUGCCUUCAUAGAUGUGUAAGUUACCCAUGCCUUGAGCACUAAUGCACCCCCAUACCAUCACAGAUGCUGGCUUUUGAACUUUGCACCUAUAACAAUCCGAAUGAUUAUUAUACUAUUUGUUCCGGAGGACACCAUUUCCACAGUUUUCAAAUAUAAUUUGAAAUGUGGACUCGUCAGACCACAGAACACUUUACCACUUUGGAUCAGUCCAUCUUAGAUGAGCUCGGGCCUAGCGAACCCAGCGGCAUUCCUUGGUGUUGUUGAUAAAUGGCUUUUACUUUGCAUAGAAGAGUUUUAACUUGCACUUACAGAUGUAGUGACCCACUGUAGUUACUGACAGUGGUUUUAUGAAGUGUUCCUGAUCCCAUGUGGUGAUAUCCUUUACACACUGAUGUCUGUUUUUGAUGCAGUACCGCCUGAGGGAUCAAAGGUCCAUAAUAUCAUCGCUUACGUUCAGUGAUUUCUCCAGAUUCUCUGAACCUUUUGAUGAUUUUACGGACCGUAGAUGGUAAAAUCCCUAAAUUCCUUGCAAUAACCCGUUGAGAAAAGUUGUUCUAAAUCUUUUCGACAAUUUGCUUACAAAUUGGUGACCCUUGCCCCAUCCUUGUUUGUGAAUUACUUAGCAUUUCAUGGAAGCUGCUUUUAUACCCAAUCAUGGCACCCACCUGUUCCAAAUUAGCCUGCACACCUGUGGGAUGUUCCAAAUAAGUGUUUGAUGAGCCUUCCUCAACUUAAUCAGUAUUUAUUGCCACCUUUACCAACUUCUUUGUCACGUGUUGAUGGCAUCAAAUUCUAAAGUUAAUGAUUAUUUGCAACAACAAAAAAUGUUCAUCAGUUUGAACAUCAAAUAUGUUGUCUUUGUAGCAUAUUCAACUGAAUAUGGAUUGAAAAUGAUUUGCAAAUCAUUGUAUUCCGUUUAUAUUUACAUCUAAUACAAUUUCCCAACUCAUGUGGAAACGGGGUUUGUACAAUCAGAUCUAUGAUGCGAAGUUACCAAAAUAGUGUCAACAUUUCCCUUUUAAAACAUGUUUUGAUACAAGGAAAAUGGACGCCCUACCUUUCUUACCGUCUGAUGUGCUCCAACACCAUGCACGCAGACAACAGACUUGACGAUUUAUCAUAACAACGGAAAUAGCAAUAGCCACAACCAUUUCCUGGUCAUGUGACAUAUUUGCACCGCUUGUUGCUAGGCAGGAUUCAUAGGGCACAACUAUCUUAUUUAAUGGUGCAUUCAGUCACUACGUUGUUUUCUUAGGAACAUGGAGCAGAAUGGCUUUUGUGCACAACACAGAGCAGAGAAAGGACAAGGAGAGAUGGCAGGAACCUACUCCAAAACUAACACUAUGAGUACAUGCUGCGAUUAAUUGAGGCGCGUCCAGCUGCAGUGUUGGCAUAAGCAUUAUUUUGACCUUAACGAUUAUGUGACCAACUCGUGAGGCGUCGUGAUCCCUACCCACGUUGUGCUUAUUAGCCACGGCAUAAGCACGCCGGUUGAUGAUCACGCUUUACCUCAGUUUGGCGUCUACAUGGAGGCAACACGGCAGCCAUGCUGGCGCGACAUGGCUAGCGUUCGGUAUUGCUACGCAGUGUUUGCCAUGGAUCGAUGUCUUAUUUGGUGAAAACAUUCAAAGGAAACAAGACGGUUUAAAUCUUUUGAUGACCUCAGUGUGUUUACUUAGCAGUGGUCCAUCUGUUGCUAUGGUGACGCGAGGUCAUAUAUCAACUUUCCAAGUCUUAAGGUGUGCAUGGACUUGAUGAUGAGGAUGCAGGUUUAACACAGGUGCACGUUCAUAUUUUGACAUAUUUCCUCUUUGACUUGACAAAUUAGCGGUUAGCGUGUAAGCUAACUAUCUGACUCUGUGAUUGACAUCCAAACACGGGACAGAGAGUCCACUAAAUGAAAGAAGAACAUUAUUUGUGUUAUAUUUGACAUAAUUGUAGCAAGGACACUUUUAGAUUUUUAAUUGUGUUCCUGUUCGCUUGUUUAAAUCAUUUUUGGAAUGCUAUUUCAGAUUAGUAUGUUGCUAUCUAGCACAAGAUUAGCAGGGUUUUUACUGUGCUGCUUCAUGUGUUUUGGGGGUCACAAAAAGUUCACUUUUGUGUGAAUUUUACGAUGAAUUUUACUGUACAUGAUUUUUUGUGUGAAUCUUUGGCCUGAGGACGUGCUUUCCUUUCAUUUUUCCUUCUAAUGAGAAUAACAAUACUGUAAUAAUAAUAAUAUAAUGAUGGAGCUGUGGAGCGUGUGAAUCCCGUUGUGAAUAAUUAUAUUUCAUAGAAACUUUAUAGAAUGAAUAAUUUAUAAAUAAAUUGUGCGAUUAUUUAUAUUGUUUAGGUUUCACUACCAACUCAAAUUGUGCUUAAACCAAAACAUGUUUAAUGAUUACAAUGCCAUGUCAUGUUUACUCACACACACUUUAUGACUAAGCAGUUUAUUGGGAUGAUCAACAUUGUCAAAUAUGUUCAUGAUUUUUUUUUCUCCACAAUCAUAACUUUUUUGUUAUUCACACUGCAGAACAUUCUUCAUUCAAUAAAAGUGAGUCUACUUGGACAGUAUGACUUAUGUACUUGUU